AUGUUAGACGCUCUCACUGAUUCUCUUAAUGGGUUUCGUCUUGGGGAACCUCAAGCUCAACGUGAAAAAGUUGGAGAAUCUUCCAGUCAAGAAGUCAGUGGUCUUGAUGAGAUGAUGAACCAGUUCAGCAUGUGUUCAGUAGACACACCUGAACAUACUGUUGUGUCAACUAACCCACCUAUUGUUCCCAUGACCCUACCUGUUGUGAUACCUACUCCACCUGUGACACCGACUCCACCUGUUGAGCCACCAAUUCCACCUGUUGUGCCUGUAGUGAUAACACUAAGUGACUCAGAGUCUGAUACAGAUGAAGAGAAUGCAAUCCCCAAGUCACCAAUUCCCCUCAUUGUCAUAAGUGACUCUGAGUCAGAAUCGGAUGAUGACCAACAAGAGGCUGUUAAAGAUGACAGUGGACUUAUAUAUAAAAAGCUUGUAAAAGAAAUAUUUGGGUCUGAGGUUGAAAGUUCAGAUGAUGACUCUGAUUCAGAUGAUGAAUCUUCAGAUGAUGAUUCAGAAGAUGAAUUCUUCGAUGCUAGACAAGACUGUGAUGACGACGAUGAUGAUUUUGAAAUGACCAAUAAUAUUGUAGAAAUGAUCCAGACAAUUCGGAGAAAAGUUGACAUAGAGCAGGAUGGUGGAUAUGUUGCUGAUGAUGAUGAGGAUAACAAUGUUGUAAUGAGAUCUCAGAGUCCAGAGAUUAUCACAAGACCUGGCAAAUUUGAGCUGAGAAAUGAAGACAGUUGUGACAGUACUGCAACAGUUGGCUACAACGUUAACAUGGACUGGGAAACAGGAGUACAACCUAAUCCUACACCAUCAACAAGCCAACAGCCAAAGCCAUCUGAGACACAUAAAUUCCCAGUGGUGAAAUUUGAACAAAGCAGCUUCCGCAUUGAAAAAUAUGAGCCACCUGUCUGCUCAAUGUCUGCUGAAUCUCUUGAAAGUUAUGAAUCAAUGAUGAUUGAUGAGCCAUACUAUACUAGAAAUGAAUACCAUGAUAUAAGUGAUAAUGAUAUUGACUCUUUCAAGAUAGCUUCCCAUAAAGCCCUUGGAAAUAUGGCAGCCAUGGACAGAGGUGACUUUGAGAACUUGAAAACCCAAAACAUUUUACUGGAAAAUAUACAGUCUAGGCCGACAACUCUAUUUGAACACCCAGAGGCUUCCAAAGAAUUAAGUGCCACAAUUCCAAGUCCAUUCUAUGGAAAUCUGCCUAUCAAUCCAAUUGGAAACAUUGACUUCAAAGAGUUUAACACUAUGGGAACAACUACAAGUCAAUUGUCUGAAAUUGUGCCUAGCUCCAGUCUGAUUGGGAAUACUGAUGAUAUCAAAGAUUUCACUGGUCCAAAGCAACUGGCUAGAGACAACCCUGUUGAUGACUCCAAUAAAUCAAAUAAUUCAGCUUUGAUUACGGUGGUAAAUAAAAACAUCAAGGAAGAAAACAGUGAAAUGCCAAAUCCUUCAAGUGCAGUUAAACAACCAAACCCUGAGACACUGCUGGAAACUCCCAGGACCUUGAAAAAAGCAAGUCCUACAAUUGUGCCAAAAGAUCCAAGACUAAGCUUAAUUCAUAAAGUCUGUCAAAAACAGACAUGCGUUCCAAUUACAAUAGCCAGCAAGGGACACAAACGUGCUCUCGAUGAUGAUUGUGAGGAAUAUAUCAUUGAACCAAGCGUGAAGAAGUUGCGCAGUAAUUCAUGGAGCCAACAUAGCUCAAAAUCCUUCUAUGAGUUUUGUCACCAAUGGAUGUCCAUUUCUCAGCCUAAAGAUGUCACAACUGCAUCACAACCAGGCUGCAAGCGUAAGUACAUGUUGACUGUGCAUGAAGUAGCUGAUGGGGCAUCUCCAUCAAAAAGAUCCAGGCACUAAAUAGACUCAUUAAUGACAAUCACGAUGAUGAACAGCACUAUGGAUAGGAGCUCUUACAUCUAAAUGCUAGAAGUUGUAAUACUCUCGUCAUUUAGAUGGUGACAGUCUCUGUACACCAUUCCAACAUGCAGUCAGUCUAAAUCUAGUUGGGAUACUCUUCAACAAGCAGUUGAUGGUUCAAUGGUAAUGCAACACCAUUUUCAAUACACAUAUUUAUAGCAAUAAUGUGCAGUCAUGUUAACUGUCAUGUUUACAGCACUAUUGUGCCAUACAGUCAUGUUUACAGCACUUUUGUGCAAUAUGGUCAUGUUUACAGUACUAUUGUACCAUACAGU